AUGGACUCCCAAAAUGGUGGCUGCCCACCCACUGAGAGUCAGCGCUGGAGACGACUCCACCCGGGCGGGUAUCGGGAGCUGGGUGUGAAUAUUAAGAAAGAAGAAUCUCCACGAAAGUAUUGUGCCACUGUGAGGGAGUUAAGUGCAAACUGUAAGAAUCUGGUAUAUCUUGAAAUGCAGGGAGGAGAUCUCAACAACAGAAGUGCUGCAGCAGCUCCCAGUCCAGUGCUAGGAAACAUUCCCCCAGGAGAUGGCAUGCCAGUAGGUCCUGUACCACCAGGGUUCUUUCAGCCUUUUAUGUCACCUCGGUACCCUGGAGGUCCAAGGCCCCCAUUGAGGAUACCUAAUCAGGCACUUGGUGGUGUCCCAGGAAGUCAGCCGUUACUCCCCAGUGGAAUGGACCCAACUCGACAACAAGGACAUCCAAAUAUGGGUGGACCAAUGCAGAGAAUGACUCCUCCAAGAGGAAUGGUGCCCUUAGGACCACAGAACUAUGGAGGUGCAAUGAGACCCCCACUGAAUGCUUUAGGUGGUCCUGGAAUGCCUGGAAUGAACAUGGGUCCGGGUGGUGGUAGACCUUGGCCAAACCCAACAAAUGCCAAUUCAAUACCAUACUCCUCAGCAUCUCCUGGGAAUUAUGUAGGUCCUCCAGGAGGUGGAGGGCCACCAGGAACACCCAUCAUGCCUAGUCCAGCAGAUUCAACCAACUCUGGAGAUAACAUGUAUACUUUAAUGAAUGCAGUACCUCCUGGACCUAACAGGCCUAAUUUUCCAAUGGGCCCUGGAUCAGAUGGCCCCAUGGGUGGAUUAGGAGGAAUGGAAUCACAUCACAUGAAUGGCUCUUUAGGCUCAGGAGAUAUGGACAGUAUUUCCAAGAAUUCUCCCAAUAAUAUGAGCCUGAGUAAUCAACCGGGCACUCCAAGGGAUGAUGGCGAAAUGGGGGGAAAUUUCUUAAAUCCUUUUCAGAGUGAAAGUUACUCCCCUAGCAUGACAAUGAGUGUGUGAUCCAUUACCAAGUCUCCUCAUGAAAACCACAGUGAGUCAGCCCUUCACAGAACUACUACGGAAGAAAAUUAUUCAUCACAGUGUACAGUUAAACAAAGGAAUCUCAGUCACACCAAACCAACCUUUUUAUUUCCUGCUCUCUCCCCUAUUUUGUGAAGAAAGCGGGUCCAACCGUGAUUCAAACAACUGUACGGAGCGGCACAUUAGAAUUGCCCUAAACCGAACUGCAAAUAAUUAUGUGUGUAUGUAUAUGUGUGGGAAAGAGAAUGUACUGUAUGUGUGUAUGCUAUAUGAACAUAUACACAUACAUACAUCGACCCACAGGACAUUGUAAAAUAUUAUCACAUGACAUCUUCAGUAGAAAUAAGUAGGGACUUUUAUUCCAUCCUUUUUUUCACGUUUACAUUUUAAUUAUUAAAAGUUGCUCCUGCCCCCUCCCUGAACUAUUUUGUGCUGUGUAUAUCACUGCUUUAUAUAAGUUAUUUUUUAAGGUGAACUCAGAUGUUAUGGUUUUGUAAAUGUCUGCAAUCAUGGAUAGGAAUAAAAUCGCUUAUUUGAGAGCUUUCAUUAAAUUGAGUCUGAUGC